AUGGUUUUCGGCCAGAGGGGAGCACGCCCCUCCAGUGCAUCGCAUACUGCUGCUGCGUUCUACAUGCACCGUCGCUGCCGACAUCUCCCUACAUACGCGCAACCGCGGCUCGAAUCUGCUUUUGCGGGCUAUCCGACGACCGAGAGAGGCUACGGACGCUCUCAGCCCAGCACUUGCUUCGCCGCCCACGACGACGACGACUUGAUCCCCGAAGUGAUACAAUCCCCGGUCUUUAACGUGGAUCUCUCUCGCAUCCGCCUCAACGACGCCCUGAUAUUUCACGGGCUCGACUUUGUCUACGACAACUUCGCCUCUCGUAUCGACAAAAGGCAACAUAAGGACCAGCUAGGCACCGGACCAUCCUACGGAUUUCUGUUUUUAACUGCCUAUGAUCGUGCUUUGUUUAUAAAGAUUUUCAAUCGCUGGUCAAGGCUUCGCUACAAUAGCGGCCAACUCCACCCUUUCUGCAGCAUAUAUAUCCACCCUGGAACGAACCAGAAGAGUCCUAUACUUCGACUACUAAUCUCCGCGUUGUCGAUGAUUACACUACCGCUGGAGGUUGAUGGCGCGCAUGCGGCUCAGGUCUGUAGACCGAUUGUCGCUAGGAGAAUUACAAUCUGCGUCUUCCGUGCUGAUGAUGAUGCCGCCAUCUCCUCCGGACUACUUCAAAAACCGUGCAAUAUCCCUGCUGGCUAG